AUGGCUGAACCAGGUUUCGCACCGCGCUCGAUGAAGCGCAAGAAUGUCAAGGGCUUGGCUCUAACACCAGCAGCCCCCAAGGCCGCCCCUGGACCUGCUGGAGGAAAGGUACAAUCAGGCUGGGGUGCUGGCGGCUCCCGAGCAGCCGAGGAAGGGGCAGAUGCACAGCUCGAGAUCGGCAUCGAGUUCAACCUCGACCUCAGACAAGAUGAUCUCGAGAUCAUGAAAGAGCUGGGCUCCGGAAACGGCGGUACUGUCAGCAAAGUCAAGCAUAAGCCAACAGGAACGACAAUGGCUCGCAAGGUUAUCCAUGUCGAGGCCAAGAAGGAAAUGCGGAGGCGUAUCGUGCGCGAACUUCAGAUCAUGCACGGCUGCCACUCGGAUUACAUCGUCACAUUCUACGGUGCAUUUCUCAAUGAGCACAAUGACGUUAUCAUGUGCAUGGAAUACAUGGACGUUGGCUCGCUCGACCGUGUAUCCCGCGAUUUUGGCCCUAUCCGGGUUGACGUGCUGGGCAAGAUUGCCGAGGCCACGCUCGGAGGACUGACCUACCUCUACUCGAGUCUGCAUAUCAUGCAUCGCGACAUCAAGCCGUCGAACAUUCUUACAAACUCCAAAGGCCAGAUCAAAUUGUGCGACUUCGGCGUGUCUGGCGAGCUUGUCAACUCGAUCGCCGACACUUUCGUAGGCACCUCGACUUAUAUGGCUCCCGAACGUAUCCAAGGCGAGAAGUACACGGUCAAGUCAGACGUGUGGAGUUUCGGUCUGAGUAUCAUGGAGCUCGCAAUCGGCCGAUUCCCAUUCGGCAGUGAGCACCCAUCUGAGGAUGAUGGCGCACCUGCUGGUAUCUUGGACCUGUUGCAGCAAAUUGUCCACGAGCCUGCGCCUAAGCUCCCAAAGAGUGACGCAUUCCCGUCCAUUCUGGAGGACAUGUGCCAGAAAUGUUUGCAUAAAGUUCCGGACGAGCGGCCAACGCCACAAGAGCUCUACGACCGCGAUCCGUUCGUGCAAGCUGCAAAGAGGACGCCUGUGGACUUGCGGGCUUGGGCCGUCAGCUUGAUGGAGAGGGACAACCGCAAAUCUCACCUUGCGCCGCAACUCUCGCCCGCAACCCAAGAGCUUCUCCGCUCAGGCGAAUCCCCCAAUACGCACCAGGCGGACGGCCAUACAGAUUACACGCCAACUUCGGGUGAGAUCCCCAUUGUUGGGGCGAUUGCCUCGCCUCGCGACUACCACACAUCGAGCGCGUCGAGGUCACCAACCCGGAACGGCCGCAGUGCGCCGGUCCACCCUGGCAUGGGCCAGCGAUCUGCCACUUCUGGUUCCAUAUCUAGAGUUCAUGAGACACAAUUGUCGUCUGGUGCCGGCGGCGGAAGCACUUUCAGCCUGCCUGUCCGGCCAGCACCAUCUUCCGCGGGCGGCCCACCGCCUUUGCCCAGGAAAGAGACGCCAGACGAGCUGCGAAGAGACGGCAGACGUGCUGCGUAUCACCCGCCUUCGAAUGGCAGCUAUGGUUAUCCAUCAAGAUAA